AGGAAAGUAGAAGAAGAAGAGGGCAGUUUCGUUUGAGAAGAAGACGAUAUUGCGCCAAAGGUUCAAGGUCAAGAUUACAUAUAGUAUUUACAAAGGUAACAUUUAGUUUCUGUAAUACUAGAAGAUACAUGCAUGCAGAAUCUCUCACCUUGCUAACAAAACCAUAAUAUUUAACGAACAUAAAGUUUUUGAAAGUAGUCAUCAUGGUUACAGUUUAUUAAGAAUAUUUUAAAAAUUGAAACAUUUGUAAUUGCUUUUUAGAAAAACAUAUUCACGAUAUUUGUGUUAUACAGAAGUUCGUUUUCAAAUCUAUCUGCUGCAAUAUUUUCUCGGUAAACCAGAUUUUCAUACACCAUAUACUUCUUUUCUUGUCUGGAGAUUAUUCCUUUUUUCUUUUUUCUUUGUUUUCUCGACACUUCAAAAAACUUCCCUUUUUCUUGGAUUUGGGUUCAAUUCAAUAACGCAGUAGCGAAGAUAAUUAGGAAUGUAGUUGUCUGUAGGUCUACUAUAACAAAGACUUUCGAACUACCUCCGCCAACAUUUAUUUCAGUUAAAUAAAAAGUGUAGGGUGCAUGUGAGUAAGCCGCAGAACUUUAAGUACGCGGAUUCCUAGCGCUAAAAUAAAACAAAAUUCUGGUUUAACAAAACUUAUAUUAUUAAUUGUUGUUUUCUCUUCCAAACAGUUGAAAAUUCUGAAUUCACCCCAAAACGUUACUGUGGGCUUUUCUAUUGACAAAUAAUAUAAUUGAACCUAUAUAAUAUAAUAUCUUUACUUUGAAGUUAUCGAUUCAAUUCUUUGUUUAGGAUUAGAAAGCAUUGAGCAUGGGACACGGAAUUACAAUCUUCUUGGUUGCGUUCCUAUUUGUGUUGAUGGGGAGUGUGCUAUCUGCACCCAAAGUAAGUACGAAUCGAUACAUAGCUACUAUUGUUGUUGCAUGCUCCUCUCCUAACAGUACCGUUAGUUAAAUAUCCGAUUUAUUCUUUAUUCUGCUUGGUUAUACGCCCCUCAUAGAACCUGUGUCUAAUAUCACAGGUUUAACAGCAAAAUUAUACCCUGGUCUUAACAACAAAAUUACCCUGCAUGGUCUUAACCUAUCACCAUUCAAAUUAGAGGCUGAUGUGAUUAAAAAGGGUUUUCCUUAUCUUGAAAAACGACCAUUAAACAUCUUCCAUUUUCUCUACACUUUUCUCGAUAUAAUCAUAUGAUCUAUGCUCUCGAUAUAAUCAUAUGAUAUGAUCCUUGCGCGAUAUAAGCAUUAAAUUAUUAUUAUUAUUAUUAUUAUUAUUAUUAUUAUUACAAUCUUAGACCAAUUAGUGGAUCAAAAGAUUUCACCACGCUUUACAAAAAUGAAAUAACAACGAAACUAACAAAUAUAUCUAUUUAAAUCUCAUAGGAACAAAUGUCAUCUUGGGCGGGAGAUGAACACGAGUUGAUUGGAAACAAGAUUAAUUAUCCAAGUAAACCUGGAAUAUACACCAGGUUAAUACUGCCAAAUGGAAUUCAACUUUCGUUUGGUCAAAUGUUAGCGUUAGCUGGGGAUUUUUUUGCUCUAACUAAUGCAUCUAUCAUCGCAGUUCAUGGUAAAGAAGAAGCAGCACGCAAUCCCAGGGUUGGAGAGUACCCAUAUAAGCCUAAUGUAGUCGGGGUCAAGAUCGAAAAUAAAAAAAAACGGCCUAAAGAAGCAAACAAGUUCGGAAAAGAAAAAAGGUAUAAUGAGCUCAUGAUCGAAAAAGUGCCUUAUGAAGUAUUCAAGACCGGAACUGUUAAAGUAACGCCAGGAGAACGCGAAAGGUUCAUGGCAGCUUAUAACACACUCGCUGGUGUACCACGUAAUACGAUUCAGGAACAAGUGACCACGCUUAUAAGAAUGAUAGGGGAAGACCUGAUCGUAAGGGAAUAUCACAACGGUACACUUCAUACCAAUAUUGAAUAUGCAAAUGCCACUAAUGGUAGAUAUUUAAUACUGGCAUCGAUAAAUUUCGACCAUUUUCAGCCGCAAGCGCCGAAAGCCUACGUCGUUGGUCAUCAGUUGGCGAUGGAAAAAGCUCGAGAGGCAGCAAAGGAAAAAGAUCCCGACAUGAAGAGGAAAAUGUUGAACGAGUCUCUCUCUCUAGAUGCUUUUGCUUGUCACUUUCUCACUGAUAGUUUCGCGAGCGGUCAUAUGAGGUAUGAGCUAUAUUUAAUAUACAAAUUGCUACUGUCGUCCACAUAAACUUGUCAGCCAUAUAUCUUAAAGCCAUGUUUUGCGGCCUUAAAUCCGUUCGGAAUGGUGGCUUCAAAAACUCCAAAUACCAUAAGUUUUGACUUGUCUUUGCAUUUUAUUCGUUGUAAGGAUAAUUUAAACACCUCUUAAAAGGGGUGGGGGGGGGGGGCGAGAGGGAGGUUCUAAAUCCCAUUCUCCAGCCAUAUUUUCUUCCACAUGCCAGCUUCAACUGUAAACCUAAAAGAAUAUUUCUUAGCAGGUUUGACUUACGUGUUGACUUUUAAACCCAUUAUUUUGCUUUCAAGUUAGUUCUCUUUAGAAAUAACUGCACGUGUAAAAUUUUUAAAGUGUACAAAAACCUGUCAUUUUCUGGCGUAUACCAGACAUACUAAGGAAAUCACGGGCUCGCAAUAAAAGUGGCGUCGAGUUGGAAAUGGACAGAAUACAGUCUUACAGGACAUUUCGUCAUCAAAAAAUGCGUAUAUCUCCGUUAAGCUAUUUAAACUUUAUCACACUAUGACUGUCUUUUAGUGGUAUUAUGGGUUUUCCAUUUCCAUAUUUGUGCAUGUCGUUCCACAGUCCCAGUAACCCUCAUUGCAUUUUCGCACUUCAAAAAUAGGUAAAUCCCAGUUCCCAUUUUACCACUUUAAUCUUAAGCCGUGUGUUUUUGGCCCUUCGACCGCCGUUGUCGCAACGGCGGUCUCGGGUCCACAAAACACACUGUUUACCUCGGUCUCAGUAAAUAAGUGAUAAUUGUACUGUGGAGUUGACGACCAAACCACAAUGUUAUCCAGUUGGAAGAAUAAGAAACCAUAGCUUUUUUCCAAAAAUGUUUCUCUUUUUCCCCAGUCAUGAUGACAGGAUUUGGACUCACAUUACACAG